ACACACACACACACACACUCACGCGUGCACAUCUAAAAGAAGAGCCUAAAGCCAGCAACUGACCAACCAGCUGACUUUUAAACGCGCGCCCCCGUCACACACCUUCCAAGGAGAAUAAGAAGAUAAACAAACCUCAGCAUGUUCGCAGACAGAUACAGACACGGUCGCGCUGUCAGAACCUGACGAGAGGUCGUGCCGCUCCCGACUUUUAAAACCCUCCUUUUCUCUCAUUUAUUUUAAAAGAACGGCUCUCUCUUAUUAUUAUACAUUUUCUUGAAUGUUGCUGGCAAAACAAGUUGAAUUAAUUUCUUGCCUUCUUUGAAAAUAGGGUUAUAUUUUUCCCUUUAUAUUGUUUGUUUGUUUGUGUGUUUUAUUUAUUUUAUUUUAUUUUUAAACAAAAAUAUCAUAGUUCUUAGAGAAUGGGUUCUAGGUUGAGCAGACAAAGCAGUCUGCAAGACGAAACGGAAUUUUCUAAGAAAAAACGACAGCAGAGCCCCGGGGAAGAUGGGGCGAGCGGCGGCGGAGACUUUCUAUUUACAUCCCUGAUCCUAAAGUCCGACAAGCUGCCGGGGAUGCUCAAGAAAAACAACCCAGCUCCCUACACGCGAAGGGUAGGAUGGAUCCGGGAUAUCCAGGCGCUUAUCCGCGAAUGCAAAGUGGAGCAGGCAGUCGACGUUAUCAAAUUACUAAGAAAGGAUUUGGGUUUGGAAGGCACUUCCCUAAAUGAUAUUCUCUACAAGAAUGCAGCGUUUCUUAAUCUGGUUGAUCCCAUCUCUCACGAGCUGCUGCUUAGCCUGGCUCGUGACUUACAGUGCCCCAAGAAGGAGCUGGACCCCUUGAAGUCUUCGGAUAAGAUAUGCAGGCAGCUGAUCUACCACCUGACCCCACACUCCAAGUGGCUGCGGCAGAGCCUGCCGCGGAGGAAGUCACAGGCGUGCCUCAAAACAAUGUUACAGAAGAAGGUCUCCAGCGGCUCAUUGGACUUAUCUGGGAUUCCACUGUCAGCGCGCGACGUCCACCGGGUGGCGUACUACCUGCAGAACAACCGUGACGGGAUUGCAGCGGUGGACCUGAGCUUCACCGAGCUGCACGACGACCACCUCCUCAUGCUGCUGCCCUACCUGGGCGCGCUGCCCAAACUGACCAACCUGGCGCUCAACGGCAACCGCCUGACCCUGUCCAUCAUCAAGGACCUGACUGAGGCCCUGAAGGAUGUGGGCAAGUUCCCCAGCCUCUCCUGGAUCGACCUGGGCAACAACGUGGACAUCUUCACCAUGCCACAGCCCCUGCUCGUGGCUCUGCGCAGACGCUGCAGCCUCAGGAGCAGCCUGCCGACCAUCUACGAGUACACAGAGGGGCAGGUGUAUGACUACACCCUGGAGACCUCCAUCGAGGAAGCCAGCCACUACGGAGACGAAGAGGAGGAGGAGGAGGAGGAGGACCUAGAACGCUGGGCAGUGACGGACAAGAGCGACUCCCAGAGCUUCACCCUGCAGUGCUGCGAGAGGUGAUGAGCCAGCCUCUCUGUUAAGAGCGGUUUGGAAGAAGGUUCACCUCAAUUUAAAUUAUAUGUAUUGGCAUGUCUGAGUUAGUGCCAUACAUUUGAAAGCUUGUCCCAAAAUAGCACCCAUACUUCACAUCCAGUUUCGAUAUGGCGUAGCCAGUGACUUACCGGGUGGUUGACGGUGCUCCUGGAGGCAAGGCAGAAUUUCAUUGGAGGAUGAGAGAUUUAAGAAGAGGCUCCCUUUAGCGGCAGUCGAGGCAGGAGAGUCUUUGAGGGCAGAUUGUUUUAGAGAGGUCGAUGAGAGAACUGCAUAGUGAUGGAGCUGCUAGAGCAGGAUUUAUUUUACAAUCAGAGACCGAACAAAAAUUUCUACUAGGACUGAGCCUGUCUCUUGUAGGCUUGGUCUAGCUUGACAUUGUGUGUGAGUUCUGUUAAUCUCCCAAAAAAACAAAUAAACUGAACAGACUAUUCAGGCUUCAAACGUCACGUGACUGCAAACUGCAAAGUCAAGCCUUUUUUUCAAAACGUUCACUUGUGGCCACCACACAUAUCACUUGUGUAAAUGUCCUUUAUGGUAGAACAUUGUGUGACACUAUUUUCAUGUGGUCUUUGCUGUGAAGUCAAGUUAGUAAUUACGUUUGUGUAAGGAUUUUACUGGACACUGAUAAUCAAAAGUGUAUUUAACUGUAACUUCAUAAAUGUUAAACACAAUACACACAAAGGUAUUCUCACUGCAAUCCAGCAGUAUAAUGUGGGUCAGUUCUGGUUUAACAUAAUUACUUACUGCAAAGACGGAUGGGGUCUUGUUAAUUAAAAACAAAUCUAAUAAAUGGUGCAAUAGCCAGAGCACAACCCCAGAAAACUAGAUCUGCAUUACUGUGAGCAGAUACUGAAAUCUGAAACAACUGUGCUAUCAUUUUAAAAUGGAUUUCUCUAUUUUUAAUGUUGUUUUUAGCCAUUGUUAUUGCUUUGUCAGGAAGCCUUUUAGCUCACUGGAAGUGCUAAACAUUACGUUUAGCGAAUCAUUGUAUUUUUACUGGCUUGUAUUCUAAUACCCUGUCACUGAUAACACCCCACAUAUUUAGGUGCCAGGCUGUACCACUAUAUUCCCAGAAGUGUCAGAGUAUUUCCAGAAAGUAUAAAUGUGUAACAACCAUAAGAUAAUGAAUUAGUCAUCAUUUAACAGUGGGAGCAGGACAAAUCUAACUGCAAGAGCCCUGUUUGGCAGUGAGUGCACAGGAAAAUCUUCCUAAGAGGAAUCAAACCAUUUUCAUAAGGUAUAAAACUAGCAAGAAACAACGUCAUUGUAGCUUGGAGCAUGUACAUCACUGCUCUGUGCCCCGCAAUGUUACAAAGCUAGCAAGGACCAGCUAAGGUGAUUGUUAAAUGACACUCCUGAGUUAAGUGUUUGAGGCUUUUUAGAAAUAGACUCAGUGCUGUGGUUACUGCUGUGUGAAUAUGACUGUGUGUUUCGGAUUGUAGCUGCUUGGACUAUCUCAUGACAAGGACAGUGGUCUGUGGGCCUGUGAUCCUGACCGGGGGUAGCAGAUUGCUGCUUCAUUCAUGGAGAUGUUUUAAAAGGACAUGGUUUUAAGGAUCAUUUGCAGAAGGUUCAACCAUCACUGUCCUUGUCACUGAUACUUGCCACUGGGGAUCACAACCCAACACUGAAAAAAAAAGACAGUCCUGUGUGUGUAAUAAAUCUGUAUUUGUGAACAUAAUGGUAAACGAGUAAAGCGUUUACCAUUACAGUCCAUGUAUGUUUGUAAUGAACUAUAGUACUGUGUGUGCUGUAUAUAACUGUCUUGCACACAUAACCUUGUGGUUCUACAGCCACUCCAUGCAGCCGUGUACUUGUUUAUUUUUCAUGACCGUGUCCCGCGAGGGCGUUUGAAGUCCUGAUGCCCCAUUCCUACUGGAAUGAAAUGAGGAUAAGUUGUGUUGACAAGGGCUGUCCCUGGACUGUAAGAGCCUAAUGCCCUUCUAACUGCUGUACUGCACUGUAUAAACCAGACUGGACUUUGAAAUGAAAUAAAGGAAUUCUGCCCAUCCUUUUCAAAGCUACGACAAAAAUGAUUGAUAAGCGUGUAGCCUUUAAGCACAGUAAUAUAGUGAUUCCUCUGUUGCCACUCAAACAAUAUCCAAACAAUUAAAAAAUAAUGAAGUACUUUAUUACCCUGUCAAGGUUUGCCAAAUAGAGUAACGUAAGCAAGCUUUUCAGAUCAAAGACAUUUUGAAACUUGGAUUCAGUGUGAAACAGAGCUACAGACCAAACUGUAGCAGCUGGGCUAGGAAACACAAACUCCCACUCACCACCCCCCAGUAAAACGGGAGACAGAGAAUUCUAAUAAUAUACCAUUUAUUGUCAAUCCAGAGGUUUUUCCAGCAACCAGACUAUAAACACAGCAGAUCUUAGUAACGUUUCCUGUUGAAAGAAUUACACUCCAGUUAAUAUUUCGAAUACCAAAGGCAUUUAAAUAACAGCUGUAGAGUGUGUUAAAAUAGACCCCAGUGUUUAUUAAGAUCACUGUAAGCAUAUCACUUUUACACUGCAGUUUUAAAAUGCACUAUCAUGUGGACUAUAUAAAAGAGGGUAUUUCAUUACCAGCUGGUGCUUCGUGUGAAUCUUGCAUCUUGUUAUUGGUACCCUUGCUAGGAUUCUGAUGUUCACCUGUUCAAACUGGAGCACUAUGCACAUACAUAUCUGCACAUCAGUAAUUCAAUGUAAUGUAAUAAUGUAGCAGUGUCAGUGCUGUUUUGGAAAGAAUCAUCCCCCACAUUGGAUCUGCUUUAUUACACAAUUCAAUUAAAUAAUAUAGAUGAAUAAGAAGAACAUUUAAAAUUAAUUCAAAUAGCGACAAAUUGCUCAUGCAUGAAUUUCUACCUAAUGAUCAAUUCAAAUAGAUGUUGCUCAAUAUUGUGCAAUCCUAUGAACAAAUCUGUACUAUGAACCUGUACUCCAUAUCUCACACUACCUAAUAAUAAUCAGCAAAUUAAUAAUCUCUGCUUUCUGUAGCCCUGAAUCCUACCAGCAAAGAACGGAAAAAAAAAAAAAAAGCACACGAAUUACGCUUUCAAAAUGUUAAACCAAUCAAGUCAUGGACUCGGGUUAAACAAGAGAAACGUUCUGUUUUUUGCUAUUUGAAUUUUGUCCAGGUGUCUAAAAGAGCGUCGGAUGGACUGCAGUUUUACUUGUUUGUGUGUUUUGGGUGCCACUGUUUAAAAAAUAAAGAAAUAAAUAAC